AUGGCCAUGAGUGAGGUGGGAACUCGGAAGCCCAGCGAUGGCACAGUUUCUCACCUGCUCAAUGUGGUGGAGAACGAGCUUCAGGCAGGGAGGGAAAAAGGCGACCCUACGGAGAAGCAACUUCAGAUCAUCCUGGAGGAUGCACCUCUCUGGCAGAGAUUCAAGGAAGUUACUAAUGAGAUGAUUGUGACCAAGAAUGGCAGACGGAUGUUUCCAGUCCUAAAGAUUAGUGUCACAGGACUGGACCCCAACGCCAUGUACUCCCUCCUGCUGGACUUUGUCCCUACGGACAGUCACCGCUGGAAGUACGUCAACGGGGAAUGGGUGCCUGCGGGCAAGCCAGAGGUGUCCAGCCACAGCUGCGUCUACAUUCACCCGGACUCCCCCAACUUUGGUGCCCACUGGAUGAAAGCUCCCAUCUCCUUCAGCAAAGUGAAGCUGACCAACAAGCUCAAUGGAGGCGGGCAGAUAAUGUUGAAUUCUCUGCAUAAAUAUGAACCCCAGGUUCAUAUAGUACGUGUUGGAAGUGCCCAUCGAAUGGUAAUGAACUGCUCCUUCCCUGAAACCCAGUUCAUAGCCGUGACUGCCUAUCAGAAUGAGGAGAUAACAGCUCUCAAAAUCAAGUACAAUCCUUUUGCCAAAGCCUUCUUGGAUGCCAAGGAAAGAAAUCACCUAAGAGAUAUACCGGAGGCUAUCUCUGAGAGCCAGCAUGUGACCUAUUCUCACUUGGGAGGCUGGAUCUUCUCCAAUCCGGAUGGAGUGUGCACAGCAGGAAACUCCAAUUACCAGUAUGCCGCUCCUCUGCCUCUGCCUGCUCCCCACACCCACCAUGGCUGUGAGCACUAUUCGGGCCUCCGAGGACACCGGCCGGCUCCCUACCCUUCUGCGUACAUGCAUAGAAACCAUUCUCCCUCAGUGAAUUUGAUAGAAAGCUCAAGCAAUAAUCUGCAAGUUUUCUCGGGACCUGACAGCUGGACUUCCUUACCCUCCACACCCCAUGCCAGCAUCCUGUCUGUACCUCAUACCAACGGACCAAUCAAUCCAGGGCCCAGCCCCUAUCCGUGCCUGUGGACCAUCAGCAAUGGUGCCGGAGGCCCCACUGGGCCAGGCCCGGAGGUGCAUGCCAGCACCCCGGGAGCAUUUCUCCUCGGAAACCCAGCUGUGACUUCACCCCCCUCUGUGCUGUCCACCCAAGCACCCACUUCGGCUGGUGUGGAGGUUCUAGGGGAGCCCUCGCUAACCAGCAUUGCUGUCUCCACCUGGACAGCAGUGGCCUCACAUCCUUUUGCGGGCUGGGGUGGCCCAGGAGCAGGUGGGCACCAUUCUCCUUCCUCAUUGGAUGGUUAAGCAGGAUCCUAGGAGCCUCUGUCCACAGAGACCCUUCUAUGUGUAGAGUGCUUAGAAACCCCAUCUACUGAUCUAGUGAGUCAGACUGUGAAAUCUCCCUUCCCACUAGCUGGCGGCAGAGGUGGGUUUUUACAGAAGUCGAACUGGGACAGGGUUCAGUUUGGAUGACGCUAGUUAGGUCAUUCACACCUCUCCACCAUUUCUUCUGCACUCCCAUUUUCUCUGCAGCUUAUUCUUGCCAUGCUUAGGUGACAGAAGUCUUUUAAGUACUGUUCUUGUGCUCUGCUCCUUAAUCUCAAGUAGUUCUGGAAAGCUUCACUUCCUCUUCUACGGAGCAGGUGCAGAGCUGUUAAAUGAGCGCAAAGUUUACUGAGCUAAGGCCACUGCUUCCUGCUUUGUGCAGCCCGGGAAAGUAUGUGUGGCUACAGGGCUCACGUUCGCGCUUCUGCUCUGAGACUUGGAGGAAGUGUAAGCCAUAGAGUAAGGUUAACAAAAAGAAUAAAGCUAAUCAUGUGUUACUCACAGCAGUGUGCCCAGACUUGUGGAAAUGAAGUCAUGUCACCCCUCUGCUCAGAAACCUUCCGUAGUUCACCCUUACCAAUGGAAUGAAGUCAAAUUUCCUCACUAUAGCUGGGUGUGGUAGCUUGAGCGUAUAAUUUCAGCCCUUUUGGAGGCC